GAAUUGACAAAUGACAUUGUCAGUUUGAAUUUUGAAUGCAAUAGAUAAUUUAUUAUUAAAUAUGUUGAUCAUAAAUUUAUAGCUAUGAGAAUUCAGUAUUGUAAGCUUAGUAAAACCUGUUCUCUUUUUAAACUCCUUUUACACAACUUAUAGCAUUAGAAUUUGUUAUUCUAUAAGAACGUCCUUUGCCUAUACGCCAACUUAUUCAGAACAGACUAAUUUUCUUGUAAGGCUAUCCCAUAAAUACUUUGUAGCCUGAGAACUAUCAGCCCUUUAAUUACUUAAGUAUAUUUAUUAUCUCCAAAUAUGGCUAAUAAACAGAAAAACAUAUUUACUCGGAGUAAGCCCUUAAUGAACAUUUACAGUGGAGUAGAUCAAGAAGGCAAAGAGGUAGAAGUACGUGAAGAUGCAGAACAACUUGUAAAAUGGCAUGAAAUAUCAGAUGCUCUCGUUGCUGCAGGAUAUUAUAGAGCCCAACUUCAAGGUUUAUCAGCGUUUGAUAAAAUUGUCGGAGGCUUAACUUGGUGUAUUGAACUGUGUGACAUUGAUGUGGAUAUCAGUUUGUUAUUUGAAGAGAAUCUCACUAUAGGCAAGAAAAUAGCUUUAACAGAAAAAAUUGUAAAGGUGCUGCCAAGUUUGAAGUGCCCUUAUAUUAUUGAACCUCAUCAAAUACAAGGUCUUGAUUUUAUUAAUAUUUAUCCAUUGGUACAAUGGCUAAUUAAAUACUCAAGUGAAUUUAGAGAGGCCAAAGAGGAUGAAUUGCGUAAAUUUGCAGUAUCUCAAUAUGAAAAAGAUCAUAUAUUUGAAGCAGAUCGUGUUUAUUUCCUUCAAAAUGAGAAACUGUUACGAAACCUUAUAGCUAUUCAGAAUCUCUACAAACCAUGUAGAGUAAGAAAAAGAAAAGGAGCACUACCUGCAAAAGAAAUAGAGCAAGUAAAUUCGGUCCUCUCUGAAUAUGAUCAGCGCAUGUUGAUGCUUGUCUCCAACAAUCAAGAUGAGGCUAAACGAGAUGAGGGACUUGAUUUCCUGUAUGAUUAUGAAAAAACACUUGCUGAUCCAUCAGAGAUAACUACAGAAAUGGAGAGAUAUUUAAAUGAUGGGGAACAUAAUGAGGAUACAACUAAUACAAAAGUUCAUUAUGCUGUACUGCAUUCUGAGCUCUCAGGUGAUGUUCCAAAAGAAUUGGAAGCAAGAGAAAAAGCUAAAUAUUCUGAAGAUAUAGAUAAAUUGACUAAAGUAAUAGACACUAUGGAAAAAGACAUAGAAGUGGUGAGGAAAGAUCAUGAAACAAGAAUGGAAGAAGCAAAAAAUAAAUAUGCUGAUUUAAUUAACAAAUUGAAAAUAAUAACCAAAAAACUAAUGAAAACUGAUGACUAUAGCGACAAAGCUGUUAAGGAAUUUUAUAAAUCUUUAAAAGAUCUGGCAAAGGAAAGAAAUGAGUUGAUUCAAUUAAUCCAACAUAGGGAAAAGGAGCAUAAGAAACUUGAAGAUGCUUUGAGACUAGCCCAAGAACCAAAUAAAGAAAUCGAAGAAAAGCCACUAUCUCCAACUGAGUUAAAAGAAUUUCAAGAGCGCGAGAAGAAAUUAAAAGAUUACAUCAGUAGCGUAAGAGUAGAACUUGGUCACCUGAAUAGACAAGUACUGAGGUACUCUACAGCUAUAGAUGAAGUACCCGGUACUGCAGAACUGCUGCAGUAUGAGAAGAGAUUUGUAGAACUAUAUAAUCAGGUUUCAUCGAAACACAAGGAAACCAAACAGUAUUACGUAUUUUAUAAUACACUGUACGAAGUUAAACUUUACACAUCAAAAGAAUUGAGUUUGCUUAAUUCUAUUUUAGACAAUUAUGAUGAAGUUAUGUCAUCAGCGAGAAAACGGGAAGAGUUCAUGACGCAAUUCGAGUCUAUUGUUGAAUGGGUAAACCAGACGGUCAGGAAAGUGGAGCUGAAAUUCAAAUCGGAAAAAGAACAGAAGAUGGCUUUACAUGCUGAGUACUCCAGACUGAUGGAUGUGCAGAGGCAGUAUGCAGCUGCUUUGAAGAAAUUAGCAGAACAGCGACACAAGUUUGAAAGAGAUCAAAAUUGAACGAUUUAUAAUAUAGACAUAUAUGAUAGGUUCUUUAAAAAUGACACAGCCCACCAUGUCAUUAACAAUAUUGGUUGCGAUGUGCUAGGUAUGUACUGACUGCCACACUCUGAGACAUUUAACAGUUACUUAAGGUGCUCCAUAGUAUAGAAUCUACUAGUAAUUUUAUUUCGUUUUGAAUGUGGGCGACAAUUCCGUUGGUAUUAUAGAAAUAAAAUUAAAUGAGUAGUUAAGAGAAAUAGUGUAGUAAUAUACAUAAAGAUAUGUUUAUAAUAAUUGUUUGUAGCUGCUUUAUUAUAGCAGUGCAAUUAGAAAAUCGCAUCAAAUAAAAUCAAAGGGUUUUUUUAUCUUUACUACUGCGAUUGCAAUAGGCUGUACUAGUAAAUCUGUAUAGAGGAUCGCCUUCAGUAACCGUUAAUGUCUCUGUGUGGGAGUUAUUGUGGAUUAAUGAAACAAAUAUAACUUCAAAGACCAAUAAAUUAUUAAUAAGCAAAGUGGUUAAAGUAAUGAUUCAAUGUAUAUGAUAUAUCUAGAUCUAUAUACGCUUUUGCAAAAAAAGCUAUAAUUGCAUUAUUUGCAUUAAAAAUAUAAAUAGAAAUAAGGUCAGUUUUAUCUUGUAGUCAUAUAGUAAUAUAUUAAUUUUAUUUUAUAGAAUAUGCUGCUUUAUAUAGUGCGAGGCAAACGCAAUUACAAAGAGUAAUAUAUUAGGUAAGAUAUAACUAUAGGUGGAGAUUAAACAAUUUUAAUCAUGGUUUCAUGAGAAUGAUCUUAUAUAAAGAAAGAAAAGCGUUUUCCAUAAUAUUUAGUUCGCUACAAUAAUUACAAUAUAAGACGCGAUGCGAUGGCGAAUCAUGUUUAAACAAUAAAUUCCAAACUGUAUUUUAAGACUGAUAUAAGUAUGUUUCGUAUUGUUUAUGCAUUUUUAUAUGUGAAUUUCAAAUAAAAUGUUUAUGUUCAAGACAA